AUGAGAUUAAGUGUUUUCGUGGCCCUUUUGGUGAGUAUGUGUUUCUCUUGGACAAGAUAGGUGAAUGUUUGUGCUGUUAGUGAAAGAUAUCCAACCUCAAUCGAAAGAACUGCGUCGUCUGACACACAUGGACUUAACACCGAUAAAACACCCACUAGGCCACUAGAAAAUCUAAUUUAUGCUGUCUCCAGAAUCAUCUAAAAUAGGGAUUUUUUCUCCUCUGCUUCAAAUAUGUCGUCUGUACUGUCGAAACUGAAGUUGUAGUGUCGUGUUUGAUGGUAAACUUGAAUGCAAAUGUUGUCCUCAGUUCAAAGGUGCUUCGUUUGCUCUUUUGAACAGGCUCACAGCGUGGAUAAAUUUGUGGAAUUUUUUUCUCAUAAUGUGCGGCAAAAAUGUUGACAUCCCAAGCUUACUUCACUACAGAAGCAAACAUUUUUCUAUUGGUGAAACAUUUUAUUUUUGUAUCUUAGUUUAUUGUUACCAAGGAUAGUAUCGGUAGCUAACGAUCAUUAACCUAACCACGCUUCACUUGACUUUUGACAAUGCUUCAUACACCAAGGAAGCCACCACCUUUGACGUCUUAAUCAAACCUCAGCUCAUACAGCACUAAGCUAAAGUUAGCUGGGUCGAUUUGUAAACCUUUUAUUCAAUUCAAACUUUAACUUCUAGGAACUGACAUUACUUUUAAGACCAAUAUUUGGUUUGCCUUUAGCUAUUUUUAAACCUUUUUUGUUUAUAUUUGUUUAUUAAUAACUCCCUUGAGGAAUUCAAAUUAUUUCUCAAUGAAAGUUUUUAUAAUUCAGGUCAUUUAGCACCAUGGAGCUUUUGAAACCACAGAGUUAACGGCAGUGAAAAGGUUACUUAUUAAGGAAAAUUGAGUUCUUCUUACCACACACUUAUAUUAUUCCAACUCCUUUUUUUGCUGAAUUUUGGUGAAUUUUCAUUGGUUCGAAUUUACAUGAAAUUGAAGGUCAUGCAGCCGAAGAUCAAAAACAAAUCCCCACUUCCAGUAUGUGAAUAAACCAUACCGAAUCAAAUAUGUAUCAGUCUACAUGAAGUGUUACAGUGUGUUAACGCUUUAAGUCCCAAUAGUGACCAACAUCAAUUUUCUCCUAAUAAUAUCCAUACAAUGUCAAGAGAUUAGGUUAUGAGAAUUAAUAAAAUGAUCACCUAAGAGAAAAUGCUUUGAUCUUUUGUCAAAUUCUCUCAACUCAUUCUUUAAGGAAAUAUAUAGAGAUCAGUUUGGAGAAUUUGUAUGUGGAUAUUGGGGCUUAAAUGGUUAACAGUCAAGCCUCCACUAAUGGCCUCCUCUCUCCACAAUGGCCAUAUACAGUCUAUACAGUGACUCUUGUUUAAAACUCUCUAUAGCGGCCACUUUGGUCUGUCCCCAAGAUGGCAAUUGUGGAGAGGUUCAGCUGUAAUUUAUACAAUCUAUUGUUGAUUAAUUUCGCUGUGAAGAGUAAGAUGGAUGGGGAAGGGACAGGGUGGCAAGGAGGUUUUCUGUGACUUGUUUAUUAUUAAUGGGACCCAAAUUAUCAGCUUGAUGCAUAGCAGCAUGAUGGGUGAUUUACUAUUUUCACAACAUGUGACGUGUGAUUUUCUUUUGAAAAUUCCAUGAUGGUUGUAACCUUUCAGUUGCUCAGAACUUCUGAAAGAAAGUUAUAUUGGAGUGCCUCAUUUUGCAUUAACAGAGACAAUAUAUUACUUUGCAUUCUGUUUCAGUGUUUUGUGGCAUGUGGCCUGGUGUGUGGACUGAGUUGUCCUACAGGACAGUUUCGUUCAUCAGUUCCUAGACUUUGCUGCAAUCUUUGUCCUGCAGGCCACUUUAUGAGCAAAGAAUGCCAGACGUCAGCUAAUGACACACAGUGCUCGCCUUGCCGUUCAGGCACAUACAAUGCCAAAGAAAAUAAAGACACUGCAUGUCGUAACUGUAGAACAUCCUGUCGAGAUCAGAAGGAAACCAUAGUGAAAAAUUGUUCUUCAAUUAGUGAUCUUCAAUGCGAUUGUUCAGAUGACUAUUAUCGAGAUCCACAUUCACUUCAGUGCAGAAAAUGCACACCUUGUAUGAAAAAGGGCCAAGUGUUGGUAUCUCGUUGUGGAAAAUACAAGGAUGCAGUAUGUAAGACUUGCGGCAAGGUAAGACAAUAGUUGUAGGCUGCUUUUAUGUGAUAAGGUUCAUGUUGGUAAUCCUCUAUUUUCACUGUCAUGCCAUCAAAAAUAAAAGUGCAGACCAUUUAAUAUAGAAAGUCCAGAACGUUGGAAAUGAAGGAAGAUAAAUGUACAAAAAGCCUCGCGAAGAGUCUUUGCGAUAUGUCGUAUGCAAGAUAUAAGGAAAAAAGGUUUCACCAAAAUUUAUGUAGCUUUGUAUGACAGUGCCACUUUGGUGUCCCUUUGAGGGGCAUAAAUCUGGCCGCCAGAAACCAACAGAAACAUCUGUCUAAUGUGAGUUUUCCUACAAAUGCUUGUAUUCAUUGCUUGAGGAACUCAUGAAGAUUAGAGUAAUAUAUAUUCUGAGAGAGGAAUGUUUAGGUAACAGAAUCUCAAAAAAUUGGUAACGUUUUUAUCCCACGUAAGAGCUUUCCUGGUAAUGUGCAAAAAUAAAAGUGUUUAGGUGGUGUAAUACCUCAUACAUGGAAGUAGAAACUCGGAAGAACUAAUAGUUUCUUAGUUUGAAUUUUGGUGACCUCAUUGUGAAAACCGGGAAUACAUUCAAAGGUUUGAACUCAACUGAGGGAUUUCUUGCGCCCCGAUUCAAGGCUGUGCUCUCAGAAAAGUUGAAAAGAGCCCAGACCUCUUGAACCUGUGAAAUCCAGGGUGCACAGCAUAUGAUUUACAUGAAGAAGGUAAGAUUUUCUAGUCACUUAGGAGCAAAAGUUAGGCACCCGGAGCCACUGGGCACUGUUAGCGUACAGCCUUGCGAUUGGUCAAGAGCAAUAUUGGUCGGUAAUUAUAUGAUAAAUAUAUUUGGAGAAGAGAGAGAAAAUUUUGUAUCUGGUAGUUCUAUUUCUUAUGCAUAAACACCAUUGAAAUACCGAACCAUUUCACAUAUAUCGUUUUCUUUCUGUGAAAGGUGCGAUUUAUCUUGUUUUGUAGCCAUAGUGAUGGUGAUCUUUUCAUGUGCGAGGAUAACAUGUUAUUUUCUCAUGUGAAGAUAUCAUGUUGUCGAUUUGCAGUUUUUUGUUUUAAAUUGUGGUUCUUCUGCAACUGUCUUUAUGUUAUUAUCUUUUCAGGAAGACUUUGUAUUAAAUAAUCUGUGUGUACCAUGCGAUCGCUGCCAUAAAGGAGAGUUUGUGGUGGAGGAGUGUUCGCCAAAACGAAACACUGUUUGUAGGAAACUUCCAACAAGUACACCCCCUUCCUCUUCUCCACAUAUUACCUCUCAAGAACCAGUUACUGGGACUAAGCUUGUUGAAAGAGGUACUGUACAUGCCAUGUAAUUGUUACAAGACAAAAUUAAAUUCAGGUUAAUAGUUUUGAACCUUGUUGAUUCUCGAUUUCCUUUGUCUCCUUUAGAAGACAGUCCAAAACGUGUACAUUGUCUUGUUGAUUAUCUUAUAAUCAAAGAAGAAAGAGAAUUUGAUCACCCAAACGUACAGAAAAAAUUCUGAGCUCACUGAUCCACAGUAAAAAAAUAUUUCCAAUAAUUGAUUCAUUGCAACAUCAACAUGUUGAAAAUUUCAACCAUUGAAUUCUUUACAGAAACGUAUGAACACCAUCCCUGAUAGUAAGUGCAAACCAAAUCUUUACUGUUUUCCUAUUAGUCAUAGCCGAAUAGAGUUUCUAAAACAAAAGAAAUAGGCAUGUUUGAUUGGUUAGAAUAAUUGAGGACACCAAAGAGAGCCAUAUGCCACUCUCAGGAAUUUGAGGAGAUAAAAGUUAUGAGAAUUUGAGGAGAUAAAAGUUAUGGGACUCUUGGUUGGGAAAAGGUUAUUCCAAAAACUACCUGCUGUUCUGUAGACUUGUAGUUUUAAUAUUAGGCUUUUACUGCAGAUUUGUGCUGCCAGGACUUUGUAUAGAAGUGUGAGAGUACUUUUUUCUUAGCGUUAAUUUGCUUCAUGUCCCUUCAUUGAAAGUUGUUAUAAAAAGGAAUUGAUGUUCUUACUAAUUUAUAUUUUGCAGCUGACCUUAACCCAACACCAGCUGAGAUUAAAGCACAAAAGAGGUUUCAGGAUGAGAUGUGGGGGUAUCGUGCUGUCAUAAUGCUAUUAGUGUUGAUCAUAUUAGGCCUGGUUCUUCACCAGAAAAUAAACUUAUGCCAAACAAUUAAAACUAAAGUCACCACCCUGAAGAAAUGCUCGGGUCCAAAAGGUGAGGAAGCUUUUACAACUUUGAAGCAUUUAAGCUUUUCAAAAAUGUAGUGAAUAGCAUGAGGUUGCCCCUUUGAUGUUAACAUCUUGUAGUCGUAAAGAAGUUUUUAUCUCACUUUAAAUAAUUGUACGACUGAUACUGACACUUUUGUGGCAUCUUUAUUUCAGAAUCAUGUGCUGUGUCAGCUGGUACCCCAUUGCUUAUAAAAGGUAACUGUGAUUAAGCUUGAUUGUAGUAUCAACCAGAGAACUGUCUCCGUUAUGAUGGGUGCUGCUAUUAAAGUACGUGAAAGUAGCUAGGCCUGUCGCUAAGGGGGUUGUCCACACCUGGUGCUGGGGAAUGAGUACUUGGGUACAGUACAGAGUGGUGUUGUGUUUACACAACCUGAGUACCUGAUAUGUCACUGUGUACAUGGUUACUCCAUUUUGCCCUGUCAGGUGCCAUUUUGAAACAUGAGCUGAGCAGCAAGUACAAAGCAUUGGACUGUCCCAGAACUAACAAAAUGGUGUGCAUACAGGAACUUACUGCCAGCUUUUGUCGCUGAGUACAAGGUCUUGACCUCAUCAUCAGGCACUGUUCCUGAAUGCUAGCAUUAAUACUUGAAAAAUGGGUGUGUUCACAUAAGGGCCCAGCGAGUACCAUACUCAGGCACCAUGCCUAGGUGUCUAUGAUUUCAAGGUGCUGGUACAAGAUUCUUGUUAACUGCCAGGAAUGGCUAAAAAAUGGACCUUUUUCAAUUUUGAGCCACUUACUGUGAACAGGGUAAAGUGAAGGAUUGAGUGGGACUGCCUAAAACUGCCUUCAGGAUUGGAGGGCUAAGUCAUUUACUUGUAUUUUCUAGUUAAUGUGGCAAACAUCCUGUAUAUUGCUAGGACUACUUAUGCACAGUGAUGUACUCUAACAAAAGGAAAGACAUCAGUGAUAGCAUCUCUUCUCUUUCUUUUUGUUCAAAUAGAAAAUAACUUCAAAUUCAGUAAAACCCGAGCAGAUGUGACCGAGAGGCUAGCAAUGCACCUAAACGCAAGCAAGGAUUGGAAGAGGCUGGCGGGUCUUAUGAAUUAUAGCAGCGUAUAUACACAAAAUUGGGAACUCACACCAUGCGAGGCAACCCAAAAGCUGUUGCAGGACUGGUCACAGCGCUCAGAUGCCACAGUCUUUACUCUGUACCAGUUCUUGAAGGAGCUCCGUAGGGAUGAUGCCGCGUCGUUGCUUUUGCCAUACCUUACUGGUCAAGUUCCCGAGUGUGAGACUGUGUAA